AUGUCUGGGCAGCUGGUUGUGUCCUGGGAGCUUCUAGAAUGCGGAGGUUAUUAUGAGGAGGUUAUACAAACAAUAGCUGCCCCUUUCCAACUUCCAGAAGCCGAAUUUGCUACUCCGAAAAGAAAAAAACGAAGACACUCAACUGUGGAGAACACUGCUGAAGGAGAAGGAACAAGGGUUGAAACCCACAACUCAAUUCUUUCACUGAAAAUGGUUCAUCAUUACCCAUUACAACAACCAUAA